UCACGGCCAUGUCAAACCUGGUUCCGCUUCGCUAAAACUCCAUGUAACAGAUGCGAGCAUCUGCCGGCAGCUCUGGUGCCGGGCUUUCGGCAAAAGACUCCUUGGAGAUCAUGACCGGCGCGUACAAGAUCAUGACCGAGGAGGGGCCGUACAUGCCGCCAGCAGGCUCGCCACUCCCGGCACUGCUGGCCAUGCGACGGGCGAGGCAGACGAUUACUGAGACCAACGAGCACAACGAUGCGCAAACGGACGUGUUAGAGCAGCUCCGGCAGAGGAUCGAGGCAGAAGAGGCCAAUCUUCGGGAGCAACAAGCGCUCCAGACGGCCCUCGAAAACCGCAUCCAGUCGUUGCGGGAGGGGUUGGAGAGCAGGGAGAAGAAAAGUGAGGAACAGAUCGCCGAGGAGCGCAUGGCCGAGCUGAGGAAAGAAAAAGAGCACUGGGACGAGCAGACAUCGAGCCUUAUGAAAGAGCUGAACUGGUUCAUAGGCGAGCACCUUGGCCCGAUGUUGGCGGCAGAAGAGUUGGGCGGCCCCGUGGUCGGCGGCCUGAUGGACAUAGACCCGAAGGACCUGAGCGCCGGAUUCAGUGCACAAGGGAAGCCGAAAAAGGCCAAAGAGCAACCGGACCAAGAUAGGCGGCAGCGGCGGAUCGACGAUAUCUGGGGCCCUCGGGAAGAACAGGGGCAGGCGAGCACAAGACGGAAUCACGAAAGGGACGAAGCCGCUGCUGCAAGCGCCGAGAUGCGUGACCUGAUCGAGCAGCUGAUGAACAAGCUGGUGGAAGCAGGCGGGGACACCUCUGCGGCGUACGUGGAGCUUCCCAGAGAAUCCGCAGCAGCAAGGUUCCUCGUCCGGUCCAAAGUGGCCCUAUUCCACCCGAGAGAUGCACGGAAACUGCGGUUGGUCGACUUUGGACGGGAUUUUGAAGACUAGAAGAGCACCCAGUGUGUGUGUACGGGGAGCCAUAGGGGCCCAUUCCUAAGACAACAACCUUGGCGCGGCAUGAAUCAGACGAUCACACGAGGUCUGACGAUUCCCCUGCUUUCCUGGGAACCCCGACCUAGAUAGAGAGGAUGUUUUCUGCAGCUUAUGAUUGUUGCUUGCUCUCCAGGUCAACGUUUGAAAACCUGAACGGUAGUCAGGACGUACAUAUUCCAAUGGUGCCUAUCUCACGGAGCAGUCACCUUGUAUGCACAUACGGUCUUCGUGAUUGGACUUUUAGAAUAUCCUGGCAGAGCCUCAAACCCCGAGCUCUUUCGAGCUCUUUGAGCGCGUUC